AUGGCUCCACGGGCAUACCCGACUCUCUCUCUCGAGUUCUUCUCCACAGUUCAAAUGCACGAAGAAGGGAAGUAUCUCACUGCUCGGCUCAAGAGCAAAGAAUACAAGAUCACCAACAAGUUGCUAAAUGACAUUUUCCAGAUUGAUAUUAAGGACCCAAGAGGCAGUUCGGCGGGGUUUAAGGCGGACCCGCAUUGGCCACUUUUAUCCCCUUGUGCGACAUUUAAGGCAACUGGGGCAUCUUCCAGUUUCGUCUCGGAUGUGGUGCUAGGCGUGGUCCACAAGUACAUUUGCCAUACGAUUUUCGGCAAAAAGGAAUCGAACAUAGUCAGCAAGCAACAGGUGUUCAUUUUAUGGUCUUUAUCCCAAGGGAAAUCGGUGUACAUGCUUCAGUACCUCAAGAGAGCUCUCUUCGACAUUCGGAACAAUGUGAGACGUGGGGCAAACCUGGGACACAUAGUGGCGGAGAUUGUGGCGCAUUUCAAUGUCCAAACUGACGAACCGUGUAUGCCGUCCGAGUGGAUCGGGGCUUCAGAACUCUACCAUACUGAGUUCAUCAUGUGUGGCCACAUUGUUCCCGUCUACGAGCGGACUUGCUAUAUCAACUACAUAAAGGCGCUGGAGACGGCGGCCGCAGUUGCGGCGGCCGCAGCCGCAGGUCCGUCCCACACGACGGCGGGGACGUCCGGUGCCCCAUCUCAGACACCAAUCCAAUCUGCCGCCGGCGAGGGUACAACCGCCAAUGACGAGCCUCAUCAGGAGUCCUCUCAGCUUUCGCCUCUGAUGCCAGGGCAAACCGAUGCUUAUUCUGACGAGGCUCCUGUCUGGUUUUCUGAGUAUGAGGCUCGGAAUGAUGCCCGCUUGACGGCUUUCACCGAACAGAACGACGCACGUUGGACGUCGUACGUAGAGUCCAACGACGUGCAUUGGACAGAGCAGACCAGACGGUGGAAUGAGUUUAUGCGGGACAAUGCGGCACACUGGACCGCUCACGACAGUCGAUGGGACACCUGGGCGGAGCGGCAGUACCAGCAGAGUCGCUCGUCCAGUUGCUGCGCGAAAUCGAGGGUUGUUGGAGUUGCUGUGGGGUCGUCUGCGCGUGGACAGGGGAGCGGCGGAGAAGGGCUGUUGAUUCACGGCGAGUCGCGGCGGAGGAGGCUCUGCGCGAGUUCAAGGGAGGAGGAUGAAAACGAUGAGGAUCGUGAGAUUCGUUUUCUGUCGAGAUCGAGAAGAUAG